AUGGGUUGUCCAUCAUCGAAAACUAUUACACCGGAUGUUACACCUAAACAUUUUUCAUUAGAUAAUGAAGCACCAUUAUCAGUGACGAAAACUAUUCCACAAUCAACACGUUUUCUUGAAAAUUAUCUUAUUAUUUGGCUUUAUGAUGAAAGUUCAAAUAAAUAUGACAAUGAAAUAAAACAAUUACGAAAACUUGUUUAUGGAUUAAAAACAUUUAAUAAUAUUGAUGCAUGUAUAACUUUUAUCGAUGGUAUUCAAGAUGAAAAGGUAUUUCUUAUUGUAUCUGGAAUGAAUCAAACACUCGAACAUUUUCAUUGUUUACCACAACUCGAAAAAUUAUAUAUAUUUGAUUCUUCUUAUAAACUAAAUGAUGAUAAAUAUGAAAAUUUAAAAUAUGAUAUUAUUCAAAAUAUCGAUAAUCUUUAUAAACAAGUUCAAGAAGAUGUAAAAUUAUGUGAAAUGGAUUUUAUACUUCUUACUGUUGUAUCUAUACCAUUAGAAGAUAUUUCAUGUUCAUCAAAAUUAACAAAAUCACAAGCAUCAUUUCUUUUUGCACAAAUGUUAAAAGAAAUUAUUGCUCGUUUUAGAUUCGAAAGUUGUUCUAAAGAUGUUUUUAUUGAUUUUUGUCGAUUACAUUAUAUAAAUAAUAAUGAACAAUUACGUAUAAUUGAUGAAUUUGCAAAAAAUUAUCGUCCACAUAAAGCUCUUUGGUGGUUAACAAAUCAAUGUUUUAUUUCAAAAAUAUUGAAUCGUGCACAACGUACGCAUGAGAUUGAUAUUAUUUAUAAACUCGGUUUUUUUAUUAAACAAGCUAAUAUACAACUUAAUCGUUUACACCAAGAAAAUGCAUCAUUAAUGGAAACAAUUUCUAUCGUAUAUCGUGGUAAAACGAUGUCAGCUACUGAAUUCGAUAAUACAAUAAAGAAUAAUAGUGGUGGUUUUCUUACGUUUACGAAUUUUCUUAUUGCUACUACUGACAAAAAAGCUGUUAUUGAUUUUCUUGAUCGUCGACUUGCUAUGCAUCCUGAUAUGAUAGGGAUUGUUUUCGAAAUAAAUAUCGAUCAAACAGUAUUUAAUGAAAAAAGUCCAUUUGCCUUACUCAAAGAUGCAGAUAUGAAUAAAAAUGAGAUUUGUUUUUAUAUGAGGACCGUUUUUCGUAUUGAAUCUAUUGAACAAACUAUGAAUGGUAUCACGAUGAUAUGGUUUGUUAAAUUAAAAUUAAUUGAUGAUAAUGAUCAACAAUUACUUCGUAUCGUAGCAUCUACUCGACAUGAUGAUGUACAUGCGAAUCCAGGUUAUUGUUUGGGUAAAUUGCUAAUGGAUAUGGGAGAAUAUAAACGUGCUGAACAAUUUCUUCUCGAAUUAUUACAAGAUUCGUCUGUUCGUAGUCAACCUCGACGUCUUGUACGUGUACAUAAUGGUCUCGCUGCUAUUUAUACAUAUAAUAAUAAAUAUGUUAAAGCUUUAUAUCAUUAUCAACAAGCACUUGAAACGAGCUUGACCUAUCUACAAUCUAAUCAUCCAGAUCUUGUACCUAUAUACAAAACAAUUGGUGAUAGUCAUUUGAACCAAAAAGACUACAUUCAUGCUUUAGAAAACUAUGAGAAAGCAUUAGAAUUGUUGGAACAAGGUACACCACAAGUUCAUGCCGACAUGAUUACUGAUCUACAUAUUUGUGUUAACAAGACAAAGCAAUUGAAUGAAAAUAAUAAGUAA